AUGUCCACGGAACAAGUGUUUCCAACAUACUUUGAGGCUUGCAAAGAAAUGGGGCUGACAGAAGACGCAAAUGAGUACAGAAGGUCACUGAGAGAAAUUUCGGAAUGGUGUACUGCAGGCAGACUAAGAAAAAUGUUUGCACUGAUAUGUUGUAUUGCCACAGAGGAGCAAAUCACUGAAAUACCCGAACUGUGGGAAACGUUCAGAGACGCCAUGAUUGAUGAUUACUUGAGGAGGCGUUUGAACAGAGUACAGGCGAUAAAUGCAUGCCUGAGAUCUAUUGCUGAACACCUGAGUAGAAACGACAAGACCUUGACUGAAUUUGGUUUGCCACUGCCAGACGAGAAUGUUGCCGAUGAGCCAGAAGAACCGGGAGAAUUGAUGGAACAAGAUGUACACGUAAUUGAUGUCAACACAUUGAAUGUACAACAAAGAUUGGUGUAUGACCAAGUAAUGGAGACAGUUGAGAAGGUCGAGAGAGGCGACCACGUGCAAACGACAAUGUUCUACGUUGAUGGACCAGGAGGUAGUGGAAAAACUUACCUAUAUAAUGCUCUAUUGACCAACAUUAUUGGCAUGAACAAGGAUGCAAUUGCAGUUGCUUGGACAGGAAUGGCUUCCACCCUGCUGGAAAACUGCACCACCGUACACAAGGCGUUUAAAUUGCCCUUGAAUUUGACAGACAGUACGGUGGCAGGGUGGCCAGUGCAUCACUCAAAGUCUCGACGAAUAAUGAACUCUUCGCUGAUUGUUUGGGACGAGGCACCAAUGUCACCGAAACUGGCUUUAUACGCAAUUGACAAAUUCUUGAGAGACCUGAUGCGGGAGCCAAACAAACCAAUGGGUGGAAAGAUUGUACUGUUGGGCGGUGACUUUCGACAGGUUCUACCCUUCAUUCGACGUGGUCACCGCACCCAAGUGGUACAAUCCAGUAUCAAGUACAGCUACCUCUGGAAUUAUAUGAAAAAAUUCGAAUUAAGAAUCAACAUGCGACUCGAACAGGAUCAAGUGCAAUUUGGACAAUGGCUCAGUACUCUGGGAAACGGUACACUGCGAAUUCUUGAGCCCCGCCCCAUGAUAAAUGGCGUCGACGAUCUAAUUGAAGUACCGUCAGAGUGUGUGGUGGAAACAAAACACGAGCUAAUUGACGCUGUGUUUGGUGAACAGCUAGACCAAGAUACGUCCAUGACAGCAAUACUCUGUCCAACAAAUGUGUCCGCUAACGAGAUAAACGCUCAUAUAUUGAGAAAAAUUACAGUAGAACAGAGAGAAUAUCUGAGCUGUGACAGCUACACACUUGAUCCCAAUGACAAUUUCGACCCACCAAUUGAACUUUUGAAUUCAAUUGAAGCUCCUGGUCUACCACCGCACAGACUGACAUUGAAAAAGGGAGCCGUGGUAAUGCUUUUAAGGAAUGUUGAUUUACAAGCAGGCAUGUGCAAUGGAACUAGACUGAAAGUUGUACAACUCCAUGACCACACAAUAGACGUCGAGAUUUUGAGUGGAAAGCACAGGGGUGAGCAAUCACUCCUACCGCGUGUAAGAUUCAUCUGCGAGACGGAAAUUCUACCGCGGUCCCUCACUCGGUUGCAAUUCCCAGUCAAACUCGGUUAUGCCAUGACAAUUAAUAAAAGCCAAGGGCAAACUUUCAACAAAAUUGGUAUUUGUCUCGACACACCAUGCUUCGCACACGGUCAAUUGUACGUGGCGUUUUCGAGGGUUAGGAAAUGGGCCGAUGUAUUAGUCUAUGUGCGUGACGGUCCAAAACAGGGGACGUUUGGUUUCAAAGAUGGGCGUACUUUUACACGCAACGUCGUGUAUGCGUCCAUUGUAGAUCGAAACGACAACCAUAGUGAAGACAUGCAACAUAGUGGGGAAGAAGAACAUCAAAAUCUAAUCCCACUUCAUGCACAAAACUCACCACCAACUACCGGUCCAGUCUGUCCUGUCUAUGAACCCCACGACAAUGUGCCUGAAGACGUUGAGAUGGCGGGUGAUGACAAUGAACAAUUGGCUCAGGAGUUCAUCCAAAUCAUUGAAGACGAGAACACGUUCAUCACUGUUGUACACAACGACAGUGAGAAUGUUUCUCGUCACGAUCAACCAGGCACUUCCGGCAUUAGCAGGACAUUUUUACGUCCUGUCGCUGAUGACUCGGACAGUGACUGA